AUGAUUAGAGUAGAAGAAGAUUCAUCAGUUUCCAUCCCGACUGAUCUCGUCGUGGAGAUAUUGUCGAGAUUACCUGCGGCGUCAGUCUCGAGGUUUCGUUGCCUGGCGAAGCAAUGGGAAGCCAUGCUUAUCAGUCCGUAUUUCAUCGAGUUGUUCAGGACCAGAUCCUCGGCUCGGCCGCGUCUCUUAUUCGUCCUCCAACGAGACAGCGGGGAGUGGUGUUGCUUCACGUCGCCUCAUCCUAAGAUUCCAUAUGAGAAGUCGUCGUCAUCUCUUGUAGUAACCGCUGAUUCUCACAUGAAGUUUAUUGGAGACGACAAAAUUUAUCGAAAAUAUUAUCGCCAUGCCUCUGGUUUGAUCUGUUUCCGUCGGUCGAAUGAUAGAUGUCCAGUGAUAUGUAAUCCUAUCACAGGAGAGUACAUGAGAUUAUCUUUACCUAGUAGGCAAAUGGAGAAUGGUAUCGGAGGUAACCAUUUUGAGUUUUGUGGUGAAGCCAAGUGUCGUGGAGUCAAGAUCUUUGUAGACCAUGUGGAGGAUCUUAACUUUAUUAACAUGAAGACGGCAUUUGGAUAUGAUGCAAUAUCUACAAGCCCACCAGAGCAGAAGCGUAAACCAACCACCACAUCAACAUCAUCGGCUAAAGCUCGCCAAUUUGUGAGCUUCAACAAGUUUGAUUCUUUGUGUCUUUCAGAUGAUGAUGAAUUUACUUGA